AUGUAUUACAUAAAUUUAUUACAAAUAAAACAUCGAAGUUUUUCAGCAAGUGAAAGUGGAGAUUUUGAUUUAAGUAAAUAUGAACAAAUGAUUAAGAAAGCUUUACAUCCAAAUUCAACAAUACAAAAUAAAAUUGUUAAUGGACAAAUGAAUGCAAAACUAAGUGGUGGUGGUGGGAAUCGUCAAGUUUAUUCUGGUGUUGGAGGUUAUGUUGAUGAUUAUCAAAACAUCGGUGGAACUAAACAUCAAUUAUUGAAUCUAAUUCGAUCUGUUCGAACUGUAAUGAGAGUUCCGUUGAUUGCUUUUAAUAUUAUAAUGUCUACUGUAGCAAGUGAAUCAUCACUUAAUCUAGAAAAAGAUAUUGAACGUGCAAUUGUUUUUCUUGAUCGUCUUCGUACAACAAGUGAAAUACCCGAAACAAAAUUACUUGAAUUACAAUGUAUAUUACAAACUAAUGCUACUGCUAAAGCAACUGUUGCUGCUUUUGCAGCUAGUGAAGGUCAUUCACAUCCACGUAUUAUUGAAUUACCUAAAACUCAAGAAGGUCUUGGAUUUAAUGUAAUGGGUGGACGUGAACAAAAUUCAACGAUUUUUAUAUCACGUAUCAUUUCAAAUGUUAAUGGUGUAUCUGUUGAAAAUGAAUAUCAUGAAGAAGCAGUUGAAUUACUAAAACAAGCACAAAAUACUGUAAAAUUAGUUGUACGAUAUUCACCACAAGUUUUAAUUGAAAUGGAAAAUCGUUUUGAAAAACAACGUACAGCACGUAGACAACGUUCAACAUCAACAACACCCGUAGAUAAAUAA